AUGGCAGCAAGCAAAAGACACGGCGAGGGUACUAUUUCAUCUGAAAAAAAAUUAGAUUCUGUGGUCAAGAGGCAAAGGAUUCAGGAAGAGAAUUCUCCAGGUGAACCUUCCCCCAAAAACACAUUAUAUGUUCACAACCUCAACGACAAAGUAAGAAUCAAAACUAUGCGAGAGAAUUUAUACCUUUUCUUUUCCACCUAUGGCGAAGUCUUACAGAUUUCAAUGUCUCCGAAACUCAGAGGGCAAGCUUUCGUGGUUCUACGAAGCGUCGAUGAGGCCAAUUUGGCAAGACUUUCCCUUCAAGGCGACCAGUUUUUUGGUAAGCCGGUGCACAUUCAAUUCAGCAAACAUAAUACAAAAUCAAUUAUUGAUGAACAAGCUUAA